AUGGAAGAUCUAAAUUAUAUUCCAGCUGUGAAACGCUUCUUAUUCACUGCAGUCAUUUUCGUCUUUUUUAUCUUACUUACUGAUGUAAACGGACGUGGUGGUCGUCGUGCUGGCAAAAGUAAAGGAAAAAGUAAUUUGCAAUUUGCGCAAGUCGCAGAGUUUUCACUUGUACACACGCAACUCGCCGAUAACAGAAGUGCUCACAUCGUUACCGGAUCACAUUUCAGUCAAACUUUUCGCCUUGGUUAUAAAUUAGUAUUAAUUUGCAAGGCCAAAGGUACACCACGACCGACUAUAAAAUGGUAUAAGGAAGGAGCUGAGAUGCAUCCAAAAAUUAAUACUCAUUAUUACGAGAAGUUGAUCAAUGAUGAUAUGCUGUGGAGCAAGUUGGAGAUAGAUCCAGCAACGAUGGGUGAUCAAGGGAUUUAUGCUUGUGUUGCAAACAACGAAUACGGAGUUAUGUCGAAGAAUUUUAAGGCUGAAUAUACCUACUAA